UCGGAAUUUAUUUUAUCGUUCAUUUUCAACUUUUUUCAAUUGUAUUAAAAAUAUUUUUCAUAUUUUUGUUUAUAUAUUACUAUUUAUUUAUAUGGUAAAGUGAUUAAUAUUAUCUUAAGCUAUAUUAUACGCUGUAAUUUAACUUAAUAAAGAAAAGUCCAAUACCCGUACUCGGUACUUCAAAUAGCUACAACACUAAGACAGGUAUGCAUCGAGACUACAUAUAUUCAAUGUCAAAUAUCUGCUGUACACAAAUCCAAUCAGCUGUGUUGGCUAAAUGUUUGCUGUCAAAACGUGAAAAGAUAUAAAAAAAUAUAUAUUCUAUAGAGCUUUUAGAUUAAAUUUUAUUUCGAUUCAACUGCCGAUUUUACUUACGCGCAACUGCUACUUUCUGUGUUACAAAAAUAUUUAUUUCGUGCAGCAAGUACCGUCGGUUAGAAACAUGCUUUGUUGUUGAAAAAUUCUCGAAGAGUAGUGCAAAAAAAGAAAGCGAUGAAGUAGAAAGUUGUUAAAAUUACAUAAAUUUCAUUAAAAAACUUGCGGCGCUUUCAAUCUAUGGUGCUGAAGUUGUGAUAUUUUAUAGAAAACAAUAGUUAAGCUAUAGCGUACGCUAUAAAAUAGUUUAAAAAAAUGACGAAUAUCGGUAAUUUGCUGCACUGUGUGUCCAAACAAAUUAAACGCUCUGAACGCGAUGCUCUUAUCAGUUCCUUCCUUGCCAAAACAACGGAGACAGAAAAUAUUAAACCGGAUCACUGUGCUAUAAGGCGUGUUGAAAGAUUGGAAAAGGAAGCCUUUGCGUUUUUUGCUCAAGCUCUGCACUUGUAUCAAGCUGAUGAAUGGAUGAUAUCGUUUAACGGCGGCAAAGAUUGCACUGUUUUGCUGGAUUUAUUGCAAGCCUUCUUCAAACGCAACAAAUGCAUCAGUCAUAUACGCGUGCCAGUAUUGUAUAUUGAAACGGAAAACAGUUUCGAAGAAGUCGAAGCUGUGGUGCUAGAUUGCGAAAGACGCUAUAAUAUCGAGUUGAUAAGGCGCAAAGGUUGUAUAAAGGAUGUAUUGACGCAGAUACUCGAAGAGAAGCCUGAAAUACGUGCUAUAUUUAUGGGCACUAGACGCACGGAUCCAUAUUGUGAGAAUUUGAAUGCUAUGCAGGUUACCGAUGUGGGUUGGCCAAGUGUAAUGCGUAUAAAUCCACUGCUCGAUUGGAGCUAUAGUGAUAUUUGGUAUUACACAUUCGUGCGACAAGUGCCCUACUGCCGCCUGUAUGAGGAGGGUUAUACAUCAUUGGGUCAAAAGCAUAAUACACUACCAAAUCCCCAUUUACGCAUAUUUGAUCCGGUUACUAGAGCUGUCACGUAUAAACAUGCCGCUGAACUAAUGGAUGCUGAGUUUGAACGCGCUGGCCGCACUAAAAAAGAUUACGUGGAGAGUUGUGAUAAAGACCAAGAGAAUAAAAACGAAGACGCAGUGAUAGAAAACUAGAAUAACAAUAAAUAAUUUAGUAUUGAAACAAUAGCUAAAUUGUAAACAUCGUGAUAAAUUCGGUAAAUUAAAUUUAUAUAAAAUUUUAAUGCAAAGUGAUAUAAGAAAUACACUAUACAACAUAGUGUUUAUCAUAUAUUUUUGGAAAUUCAAUAUAAGCCUCGAUUGUAGCUAAAAAAAAUAAAAAAUUAAAUAUGAUAUAAAAAAUGUCUGCAUAUAGUAGCAUUCGCUAUUUAACAAACAAAAAAGCGAUUUUUUUUUGUAAAGUUACAGAAAACUUUAUUAUUAUUUAAACCUUUUUUUGCUAGUUUAACUUAUGAAUGAUAAAAUCGGUUGCGCUUAUAAUUGGGAAUUUUAAGCAUAUUUCUACUGUACUUACAUAUAUUGAAAUUUUAUUAGCACACUACCGAAUAAUUAUAUCACUGAAAAUAUUUACAUAAAAUAUUAGCUUUGUAUCUUAACUGUUAGUAGCUGCUAGCUAUCAGGAAAAAAAAAUUGACAGUUACUCUCUCAAAGACCGAAAUAAUGAAAAAGUAAAGAAACGGAAAACCAGCAGAAACUGGCAAGAAAAUCUCAAAAUGUUAUUUUUUACAAUCCUUUCAUAUCAACACUUAAAAUCAAUCAAAAGAAUUUUAAUUUUUACAAUUUAAUACAAUGAAAAUAAACAAAAUCAAAGCAGCAAAUCUUUCAUUUGGCAGCAGAUAUUUUCUGCUAGUAGCAAUUUCACUAGCAGAAACUGGCUGCUCGCAAUUUUUUUAACUCUCAACUUAUACUCUCUUCAGCUAGUUUUUUGGGUUAAGAAACGCUUUUCCAGCAGAAACUUUGCUAACUAGCGAUAGUUAGAAUUUAAGACCUAUUAUAAUGAAAUUUUAUAUUACAUACUUAAAUAAAUUUUAUUUACUUAAUUGUCACAUAUAUUCAGUAAGUAAAAUUCGGUGCUAAAUACAAAUAAUAAAAGGGAACGUUAAGUUUAAAA